GGAGGGGCGGGAUCAGAUCUGAAUCGCUGUUGUGAGUCUUCCGGGAACUGCCCGGGAAGGGCAAAGCAGGGGAGGGCUGGGGUGAUGACCAUGCUAGCUGCCGGGUGGUAUUUCGCGACGUCCCGGCGUCGAGGGACUUGGUGUCUACGGCAAAGAUCGUCUGACAGAAGGGGCGGAAUUAAAUCCCUUCACUUGAAACUUUGACAUUCCAGGCCCUUUGUCCUGCAGGCUCCCGCGGGCGGACACGCCAGAAGAGGAGGCCGGGGAAUGGCCGCGGUGUGGCAGCAGGUCUUAGCAGUAGAUGCGAGCCUUCUCUUACCAUCAUCACUUCUCCAAUCUGACCCCAUCACCUUCCCAUUCUAAUUUUCACCAUUGCCCACACUGACCCCCCAUCACCAUGUCACCCUGACGCCUGCUAUUGUCUACACUGACUCAGUCACCCCAUACCAACUCCAGCAAAGCUGCAGACGGCCUCCAUUGUCAGCACAGUGACCUCAUCGCCAUGCCUUUUAUUACUGUAGAUCCACUUUCAUCACAGCACCAGAGGGACCCCCAUCACCACUGCUGAUCACUUGUCCUCCUGACCCCUCGCUGCCACACACCUCACUCUCUUUCCCUGUCCCCUGGGCUGAUUGAUUCCCUCUAUCCUGUGCCUGCUGCCCGUCCUGCCUCCUGCCAUCAUAGGUACAACGCGUACCGCACACCAACGUUUCCACAGUUUCGGACACAGUACAUCCGACGGCGCAGCCAGCUGCUGCGGGAGAAUGCCAAGGCUGGGCACCCCCCAGCGCUGCGUCGGCAGUACCUGAGGCUGCGUGGGCAGCUGCUGGGCCAGCGAUACGGGCCCCUCUCCGAGCCAGGCAGUGCCCGUGCCUAUAGCAACAGCAUCGUUCGAAGCAGCCGAACUACCCUAGACCGCAUGGAGGACUUUGAGGAUGAUCCUCGGGCCCUAGGGGCCCGUGGGCACCGCCGUUCCGUCAGCCGAGGCUCCUACCAGCUGCAGGCACAGAUGAACCGUGCCGUCUAUGAGGACAGGCCCCCUGGCAGUGUGGUACCCACAUCAGCAGCAGAAGCAAGUCGUGCCAUGGCUGGGGACACAUCACUGAGUGAGAACUAUGCCUUUGCGGGCAUGUACCAUGUUUUCGACCAGCACGUGGAUGAGGCAGUCCCAAGGGUGCGCUUUGCCAAUGACGACCGGCACCGCUUGGCCUGCUGCUCCCUGGACGGCAGCAUCUCCCUGUGCCAGCUGGUGCCCGCCCCACCCACAGUGCUCCGCGUGCUGCGGGGCCACACCCGUGGUGUCUCCGACUUCGCCUGGUCCCUCUCCAACGACAUCCUCGUGUCCACCUCACUUGACGCUACCAUGCGCAUCUGGGCCUCUGAGGACGGCCGCUGCAUCCGGGAGAUUCCUGAUCCCGACGGCGCCGAACUGCUCUGCUGCACCUUCCAGCCGGUCAACAACAACCUUACAGUGGUGGGGAAUGCCAAGCACAACGUGCACGUCAUGAACAUCUCCACGGGCAAGAAAGUGAAGGGGGGCUCCAGCAAGCUGACAGGCCGGGUCCUCGCUCUGUCCUUCGAUGCCCCUGGCCGGCUGCUCUGGGCAGGCGAUGACCGUGGCAGUGUUUUCUCCUUCCUCUUCGACAUGGCCACAGGGAAGCUGACCAAAGCCAAGCGACUGGUGGUGCAUGAGGGGAGCCCCGUGACCAGCAUCUCCGCGCGCUCCUGGGUCAGCCGCGAGGCCCGGGACCCCUCGCUGCUCAUCAACGCUUGCCUCAACAAGCUGCUGCUCUACAGGGUGGUGGACAACGAGGGGACGCUGCAGCUGAAGAGAAGCUUCCCCAUUGAGCAGAGCUCGCACCCUGUGCGCAGCAUCUUCUGCCCCCUCAUGUCCUUCCGCCAGGGGGCCUGCGUGGUGACCGGCAGUGAGGACAUGUGUGUGCACUUCUUCGAUGUGGAGCGGGCCGCCAAGGCUGCCGUCAACAAGCUUCAGGGCCACAGCGCCCCCGUGCUGGACGUGAGCUUCAACUGUGAUGAGAGUCUGCUGGCUUCCAGUGACGCCAGCGGCAUGGUCAUCGUCUGGAGGCGGGAGCAGAAGGGAAGACAGACACCUUAUUGCAAGGACAUAUCAAGAAUCCGUAUGGAGAGGCCCGUGUUCACAGGUGGGAUGAAGUAGAGGAAACAGGAGGAAUAUAUUGGCCCUUCUCACAAGGAAAGAUCUUCAUGUGUAUGUCUGUUAACUAUUGGGCGCCUGGGUGGCUCAGCUGGUUACGCCACCACCUUCAGCUCAGGGCAUGAUCUCAGGGUUCUGGCAUCAAAUCCCACGUUGGGCUCCCUGCGCAGCAGGGAGUCUGCUUCUCCCUCUGACCCUCUCCCCUUUCAUCCUCUCUCUCUCUCUCUCUCUCUCUCCAAUAAGUAAGAUCUUUAAAUAAAAUUAAAAAAUAAGUUUGUCAACUGUUACCAUUUAUAUAAAUGUUGUGCUAAAAACUGUUGUAUCAUUCUUAGCCCCCACCACCAAAGAGCUAUUGAAUAGUUGUUAUUCACUGUGAGUUGUUGGAUAUAUUUAGAAAUAUGAAACUGCAUUAAGAGACUAUAUUUAAGUUAUAAUUAAAGCUUGCAAAGAGUUUAUUCUUGUUUUCCUUCCAGCUAAUCUGGAUAAGUGUUUGUUUACAUUUUUGUACAGAGGUUGCUUUCCAAAGACAUGCUUGAAGAUGCAGCAGAGUUCUUAACCAGCUUAGUGAAUAAGGCAGGGCCAUGAGAUGUUAGGAGCUGGGAUCCCUGAGCUAAGGAUUGGAGGGUUUUAGAUAUCACUGCUUCCAACAAUCACCUCCCAGGGCUAGGAUGAGACAAACAACAUGUCUGGAGUGCAGAAUUAUUUUUUUAUUCUUAUUUUUUUGAGAUUUUGUUUUUAAGUAAUCUCUACACCCAUCGUGGAGUUCGAACUCACAACUCUGAGAUCAGCAUCACAAGCUUCACCAACUGAGCCGGCCAGGCGCCCCUAGAGUACAGAAUUUAAGGAGACACUUCAACUAAUGAGUGAAUAAGCGAGAGGUGGUCUGUCCCUGUGGUGGAAUAGUAUUCAGCCGUAAAUAAGAAUGAAGUAAUAAUGCGGGUGCUUGGGUGGCUCAGUGGGUUAAACCUCUGCCUUCGGCUCAGGUCAUGAUCUCAGGGUCCUGGGAUCAAGCCCCACAUCGGGCUCUCUGUUCAGCAGGGAGCCUGCUUCCCCCUCUCUCUCUAUGCCUGUCUCUCUGCCUAUCUGUGAUCUCUGUCAAAUAAAUAAAUAAAAUAUAUUUUUUUAAAAGAA